UCCUCACCGAGACACAUCCAUCCUCACUGGGCCGGGAGGGCGGCGGACGGUGCCGUCUCGCUGUUGGGGGUGGCCGCCAUCUCCCACACAGGAUACGUGGCAAGGGGGAAUGGCCCCCCGGCUCUGCAGGGAGCGCUGAACCUGAGGGGGAGGCGGUGCAGAGUUUGAGGAAGGAGAUGAAGAAACAACACGUUGUUUUCCCCCCUCCAGGCCACGCAGUUGGUGCAGCCAACGGCGUCUGGUCGCUCAGCAACGGUGCUGCCAGCUCCUAAUGUUGCCUAAGGAGCUAAUGCAGAACGGAUUCCUUUUAUACCUGCGUUACUCUGAGCAGAUACAGCAUAUCUGCAGUGUUUUUUAUAAGUAACGUUGCUGCUGAAGGAUUUAAGUGUUUAAAAACCUCAUAUUGUGCUUCCGUCUUCUUCCCACCUCCAGAUAACCUCCAUGCCCACCUCGCACGUCCCGUGUUGUCACACAGCCAGCCAAGCUCUGUGUGGCUCUGUGCUGCCAGGAUGUCCAUUAACACGCUUUCCUGUUUGUGCAUGGAGCCCAGAUUCCAUUUGUAUGCCCUUGAUAUCCUCAGCAAGAAGGAAUUUCAUUCACUCAUCCCCAGAGGCUUCCAGUUUCAUAAGGGGGGCUCGUGUGCUGGCAAGGAGGAAAGCUGAUGGCUAUUACUACCUGGGCCACAUCGCACAAGAAGUGAAGGGCUCCAGGGAAUGUUUUUUAAUCGAAUUUGACAAAAGUCGCGCACUGAAAGGCAGCGUGCGGCUUCGUGUGCAGGAAACACCUCUCUAUGACAUUCUGCGCUACAAAGAAGCCUCUCAGCGGUCCCUUGCUCCAGGAGACAGAGUCUUGGCCCCAUGGGACGCUAACACUGAACGCUUUGGCCCGGGCACUGUGGUCAAGGUUAUGGAGAACAAACAGACACCUUCAGCCCAUAGUAGAAAGGGAGUGCUUGUGAAUUUCUGGAAUGGGCAAACUAAGGAGGUAUCUUCUGACCAAGCUCUAUGGAUCCCCCUGCCCUUAAGCGAGCGCAUCAUCCUAGAACUGCAGAUGCCAUUGGCAGCCAGGCAGAUGGUGGUGGAGUCAAGCUUGGACUACCCAUACAUUGUGACACCGGGUUACAGAGCUUCAGGCCGUUACAGACGGGGCCACUCAGGGCUGGACUGCUGGCCAGGGGGUCUGCGUUCAGUUCAGCCAUGCGCUGAGUGCAGCUGUAGGUGUACCUCAGUUCCCCACUGUUGCCUUACAGCCUGUAAAAGCUCACAGCCUACAGAGCACAAAGGGCAGCGAGACAAUUCCUUCAUCCCAGGAACAUGCUUGAGUAAAGGAAAGCUCAGCAAGAAAAUAGAAGAGCAACUGUCUGAAGUGAGGAUUUCCCCUUCAGGAAGUGUUUCCAGAGAGGAAGAGGAAAAUGAAGAGAAGAGCCUGAUGACAGAAAAUCUUCCAAAAGAUGCUCAGUGUCGCUUGGAAGAGGACAGUGGGGUUUUAGGUCCUAAGAAGAGUCCUCAGAGGGAGAUGGCUCAUGCUACAAUGGUUGAUCCUGCUGUCAGCACAGACAGCUGGUUGCUGGAGUCAGUCGACAAGGAAGAAGCAGGCAGCAGACAGCAGGAUGCAGGAACUGAGGCUCAUUUGAAACACAAACAUGGUCUCUUUGAGUCCAGAGUGGCAGAUGCUCCAAUUCAACCUUCCCAAAGGAGCAUUUCUGUGGGAGCCAGUGCCCUGUGUCCUUUCCAGCCACAAAGCUUCUUUGACCAAGUGCGUCAGUCAUUAAAGAAGGACAGCCUGGCCAUCGAAUCAGCCCUGCGCAUACAGAGACCAUGCGGUACCUCCAGUGUACGAGCUGGAAGAUUCACACAUCUAAAUCUUCUAAAAGACAAAAGCAUUUCAAAAUCUGUGCAUAACAGUGCAUCUCAGGAGAGAUGGAAAGAGAUGGACCUCAGCAAGGCCAAGAUUGAGCACAAAAGGCGCCAGGAGGAGGAGAGGCAGUUGAAGAGGCGGCAGCAGCAAGAGGCAGAUGCUGUCCAACGUCAGCUGCGCAGGAACAACCAGAGGCGGCGAUUGUAUCAGAGAAUGUUGCAAGGGUUGGAGAAACAGCAGGAGCACAAAAACGGAGCUUUGCAACACAUGGCACUGCUGCAAGCUGCUCAGUCAGAGAGGAGCAAGAAGGAGUCCUCCUUGUCAGAGGAGGAGAACAGAAAGUUAAGUCACAGGCUGCAGUUCCUACGUACACAGCGACUGCAGAGAGAGAAUCUCCUUGCAGAACUCAAUGAAAGGAGCUUUGAACAAGAAAAAGAAAGGCUGGAUUUGUUGAGGAGCAGAAUGCAGUCACGGCACAUGAUGCUGACACGAGACUCAGAGGACCAGGACAGGCAACAAAAGCAGCGCCAGGCUGCCAAAAGGAAGGUGUUCCAGAAGAGAGACCAUUUACAUGAGAAGAUGCAAAAAGAAAACCAAAGACAAGGUGACCUCCAGCAACACCUCAGAGAACAGAAUCUGUUGAUGCUCCGAGCAUUACUACUAGAGUAGUAGUAGUAGAAACUGCAGAGUGGGUAAGCAGGCACUUGAUCAGUUCACAAACCUGUUCUUCAUCUUGCUGUGUGUGUGUGUGUGUGUGUGUCUCAGUGUGCUGCACUUGGGGUGCAAGAAUGCAGUUGUGACAAAUGGAACUCAUGGAGAAAUCAUCUAUCUCCCUUUCAUUGCAACCAGCAUGUGUUUUCACUGCUCUGUCCCUUGCAGGUCUUCCUUCCUGGAAUAACUGGUCUAAUCCAGCUGUCUGUGCAAAGACUCCCACCUUGGUCAGACUGUUUUUCAGUUUUAGGCAUAGGCAAAAACUCAACUGACAGUCCCAGCUCUGCAACCAAAAGUCGUAUGGUGGUAUUGGUCAUAUUUAAUAGCCAGAGUGCUGCCAUCCUGCCCUAAAGGCAUCUGAAAAGGGCCAGCUGUGUAGGAGCCCACAGUCAGCAUCUGUAGCGUUUAGUUUUGUAGUCUAGGACUGAUGACAGUGACAUGGAACAAUAUUGAGUAGAACUACAAAAGAGCCAGAAGUUGGCAGAGGGAUGUCAGGUUGUAACUGCUAUCAAGAUGCAAAUGACAGAGAAAGGAAUUACUGGAGCAAGAGCACAGGCCACACAAUUUACUAAGUGAAAAACAUGAAUGAAGGUCAGAAGGAGCUCCCUGGGAAUGAGUCUCUCAAGUGGUAGAAGCCAUAGAUACAGAUGAUGUAUAUAUACAUAUAUAUAUAGCAGCUUGCAGGGGAAUUAAAUACAAGUGUUGAGAGACUUCCACUGCUAAAUUCUGGGCACUUUUUGCCCUGCUGUGUUUGUUCCAGAACAGGACCAGGGUAGCACAUUUCUUAAAGAUCAAGGGCAGCAUUAAGUAGGAAGUAAAAGCCAUGAGGUGCUGUCUUGUGACUUAUGUUGCAAUGUUAGUGUUACAUGACAUACAGGGAAGGAGAACUUGGAGACCAGUUGGCUGGAAAAACCCUGAGGCAAUGCAAAUGGACAUGCUGAAAUACAGCAUAAAAUGUCCACUGUCAGAAAGAGGGGCAUAUCCAUGCAGGUAGGGCACACAAUCAGAAUAAAUAGGCUAUACCACAAAGAAGUGAGGGGGAUGCUACACAAUGGUAAACUGAAAGGUGAGCGAACAAAUAGUGUAAGAAAGCAGGGGAGCCAGCAGCACUACAGAGGUUUCCCUAUUCCCACUGCAGUGUAAAACAGAGUUACCACCUGGAGUCCAGGGACAGUGAGGCAUGUGGUGUCAGGUGCCCCCACGGAUAAUCUGCCAUCUUUUUUCCUCCUCCAGGAGAGAAAAAGUAAGGCACACCAAGAGAUGCUGUUACACAGCAUUAAGGUGAGAUAAUGCGUUGUGCUCCAAUCAGUAGCAGUGUCUUCAUUCACAAGAGGGAUGAGGAAAUUAUGGUUGUCACCAUAUACAAUGCAGGUAUAAAAUACAGGUGUCACAGAAUGCCACUAUCAUCAGCUUUGGGCAGUGAAAAGAUAUAUUUCACAUGGAUCUUUAGAGAAUGGACGUGGCCCAGUUUGCUGGGGCACUCAGAACUAUAUUAAAAGGACUUCUUAUUUUUCAUAAAGCGUAUUCAUAAAAUAUAAAAUAAUGGAAAUAAAAUACAUUGAGGUGUCUUAUUUUACCUGAUACCCAGAGGCAAACUGCAUACAAAAUCCAAGUGCUGCAGCCUGAAAUUGUGUCCACUUGGAACCAUGUACCACUCUUUCUGGUGGUUACAAACUAUCCCAAGGUCUUCAUAGCUAACAGGAUUAUUUGUUACUUUGGGAUCCAUAAUAAGCAUGAACCAUCCUGAGGUUUAUGUUUUAAAAAACACAAUAGGAAGCAAAGAUGAAUGUAUGUAUAAGGUGAAGGCUUUGAGUUUCUGUUGUGAUUUUAAAUUAAGGUCUUUAAAUUAAGGCUUCAUUUAUGUCUCAUUAACCAUCGCUUUAUAAUCGCCAUUAAACAGAUCAUCUGCA